AACAUUCGUCAUUCUGCAUCAUUCAUUCAGGUGGAUCUUGAUUUUUGUUGCAAAUUAUUAAUUUUGUACAUAUAAUAUAUUUUCGUAAAAAUAAGUAAUAAAUGCUCUUUUCCACCUCAAUUUACUCCCUUCUCCAAAAUCAGACUCUGACUACGUGGGAAUUUCUUGAGGCACUGGACCGGUUUGUCGUGCAACCUCUGAUUUUGGCAGCAUCGAACUUCAGCAAUUCCACAAUUACUACUUUCACCUCUGCGGAUCUUCUCACAAACAUUACAACUUUCACCACUUUCACCAUUUUUGACCUUGACAUCUUUGAUGAGUUCCAGUGGAAAUUGUGCAAAAUCUUGGGUUUCAUCGUAGUCACAAAUAUCGCACUUAUCUAUUUUUUCUGGAGGAGGGUGUACGGAUCUAAAAUAAUCGACAAAUUUAUGCAGCCCUCCUCGUCCACAAAACUAAUUGAAGAACUGAAAAAUUCAAUUUCUGAGCUCAAAUUACCAAAAGAACAUUCCCCUCGGAUUUAAACGUUCAAGCUUCAAUUCAAUUUUCUUCCCAAUACACCGUGAUAAUAUUUUUCUGAAAAUUUAACGCAAUUCAAUAUGGAUGCUCUAAAAAAGUUUUUGCAAAAGAAGAAGACAGAUAAAGCGUUCAAGGGGGCUGGUCCUGGACAAAAGCUUACGACAGAGGGAGCAGCGAAAGCACAACAAGGAGGAAGCACUUCAGCAAAGUCACGCCAGCAAUCGACAUCAACUUCAUCGUCAUCUGGUCAUGGACAACACCAUCAACAUCAAAAGUCUUCCGGGGGCGGGGUUCCCUCUUCGGAGGAGAAACGUGCUGCAGCAGCUGCAGCUUUGGCAAGACUGGAAAAGACCAGGAAGCCAGGGGAGGUUGAUCCAGAUAAAUUACUGGCAAGCAGGCAAAUGGCGUUUAUUAAAGAACAAGCAAGACGAGAACUUGACGCGGAGAAAGAGAAAGCAAUGGAGACAACGAAAGAUGACCAUUCCGCUUCUGGAGGGGGAAAUGACCAAGAAGAGACAGUUAGACCCACCCGGACCAGAGCGACAAAUCCGGAAUCUAUGGCAGUCAGUGGGGUGUACUUUUGUUGUCCGCUAAUUGGACCUGAGAUUCUUACCAAGAGUGAGAUUGAAGAUAAUAUUAAAAAUUUCUUGCUUGAUCAACCAGAGGAAGAAAUCGGAGUUACUUCAUGUUUGAUGAUCCAUUCAUGCAACAAACCUUACGAGAAAAUCACCAACUGUGUUGAAACUUUAUGCAAAUAUUUAGACAACAUAAUUAGCAACCCAAAUGAACCCAAAUUUCAAAGGAUCCGUUGUUCCAAUAAAGUAUUUCAAGAAAAAGUUGGAUGUGUUUUGGGUGCUGAGCAGUUUUUGAGGUCGGCUGGAUUUCAUAAAACGGUGAUGAAAGUAGAUUCCACCUCCGACAUUGAAGAAGAGUUUUGGGUAUUCCAUCCACAAGAUGAGUCCUCCUUCACAGCACUUUUAACUGAGCUUCGUGAUAUGCUUCGACAAACGACACCAAUAAAGCCUGAACUGGAUCGUAAUCUUCAAGUGUUGAUGCCUCUGCAGGUGAAAUCAAAACGUGACCUUCCCGAUGAAUUUUAUACUCUAACUCUCGAAGAGGUUAAGAGGGAACAACAAUUAAAGUCCGAAGCGGUAGAAAACCAACAGAUUUUAAGAACCAAAGCAAUGCGUGAACGCGAUGAGCUGAGGGAACAAAGGCUGUACCGGUAUGGCAUCAUGAGAAUUCGUUUCCCUGAUGGAUUUACUCUUCAGGGGACUUUCAAAGCCCAUGAAAAACUCUCGAGUCUGUACGACUUUGUCCACGAGAAUUUAAUGCAAGACAUCAAAUUCGAGCUAGUUCGUUCAGGUGGGGAAGCUUUAACAGAUUUGGAUGCUUCUCUCGCCGACCUUAAACUACCACCCUCCUCGAUUCUGAACUUUAAAGUGGACUCUGCUCCAGCCCCACUGGCCACGGGUGAAGUUUCUUUUCUAAAACCGGAAAUUUUAGCUCUAGUCACACCCCUCGAAUAAAAAAUUAUCCUCGAUCAUCCUUUUUCGUCGAUCUCCUUUAUACGCAUUUCCUUGCUAUCUGUGUAAUCAAGAUUCCAGGGCCUAUAAGAUAAGUUAAUUAUCGCAAUUCUUUGUCAUUAUAAAAUUUAUGGAAAUUUUAUCUAAUCAUCGACUACCUCCCUGUGAACAGUUUUAUAAUAACGUUAUUUCCAAAUCAAUAUAUCCUACGAGAGAAUUUCAUACUCGCAAAAAAACACGUUUAUAUUCUUCAAAUUACUUACUUGUCGUCUUCGUCAUAAAGUUAUGUACAAUUUAUAAAUAAUCCGAUCUGAAUAAACGAUAUAAAUGAAUACUUUCACCAUA